CCUCACUAUUGCUGCUCUUCCUCGAUCAGAGCGUCCUGAGCUGCCGAAGGAGAAGGACGUGUAGCUCCUCUCUCCUCAAGCCCUCUCUCAGGCUCCCCUUGUGUCUCUCUACACCUUUUUCCUCGCCUUACUCCGGGGGAAUCCGCUUCCUUCGCGCGUUUUAUUUCUUGACUUCAUAGUUGUUCGCCACACGAUUACAAGGCCGCCAUGAAGAUCACUUUGCUCUUUGUGACAGCUCUGGCUUUCCUCUGCUUCGUCGACGGGAAGCCACACAACGAGGGCAAGAGGGCCCAUCAAAUCAAGAGGGCUAAGGAACAUGAGAUGAGCAAUCGCAUGGGCCAUGGAGACCACCACAGGCGUGAACACAGCAUAGCACACAAAACAGACCUGCCCCAUCGAGCAGACAUUCACGAGGUACACAAGGCACACAAGAUAGACCCAGCAUCACACAAAACAGAGGUGCACAAAUCCAGCAUUCACAAGAAAGCAGAAGCUAUUCAUAGGCGUGGCGAUGGUGUCCAUAAGGCAACAUCUGGAAGCAGCAGCAGUAGUACAAGCCCUGUACAUGACAUCAAAAAAGACCUCCAUUUGCAGCAUGUUACUGAACACAACAUUCAGAAGAAACAACAUGAUGAUAAGCAGCAGCAGAAAGCCGAAGUAACAGGGAGUCAUCUUAUUACUAACCGGAUGCCUAGUGGAGAGGAUGUACCCUCUCAUAUCCUCACCAACCGAACGCCUCAGGUCUCUGCUAACCUCAACUCUAGCACACAGGCAACCAGCCAGACCAAAAAUAACACCAAGGAUGGCAUUCCAAUGGAGUCUGAGAGGUUAAUCCACGUUACUCCUAGACCCCCAAAGGUGCACAAGGUCAAUAAGCCACACCACAAGCCAACCCCAACCACUGCCCUCAAAACAAACACUUCAACUGUACAUCAAAGACCUGCCUCUAAAGCCAAAGCUCACAAGCCACCAAAGAAGUACAGCCCAAAGAAGCAUGGAUGGAAGAAAUCAGCGCGCAAGGAGAAGGGAAAGGACAAGGCUAAGGAAAAGAGGGAAAGGCGUGAAAAACGAAACAAGGCUCUCCAUCAUGCUGUUAUUGCCAAGAACCUGUGAGCUGGAGUUCUUAACAACUGAUAACAACAAGGGAACAUAAAAAAAGAAUAGCUCAUAAUCAUGAUGAGCAUAGGACUGAUAUAAUAAAAAGGCAUCCCAAGUGAAAUAAACUCUUGUUCAGUAACAAUUUAACUGAUAAAAACAAGCAUAUUACCAUUCCAUGAAACAAUUAAAUUUUAACGAUCCCUUAUCAUUACAAUGCAAUCAGGAUUAGUUGGGAUAACCUUGACACUACCAGACAUUAAACACUAACAUCAUCUCUCUAUAGUAACAUCAUCUCUCUAUAGUACUGGAUUAAACAUACAUCAAAAAUUCCCAGUCCACGUAGGUAGAAGAAACUGUACCAGGAAAUCAUGUACCUAAAGACAAGCCAACAGAGAAAGCACAACUGAUACUUGGUAAUGCUUUUCUUAACAAAAGUGAGGAUAUAACAUAGUUGUUAAAUAAGAUGAAAGUAUAUCAACAUUAUAUUCAUGCUAAGGGGAUUUGGAUGUACCUCCUUUAGAGGCAAUAUGUAUAUACAGUAUCUUUAGUAUCAAACCCUAUCAUCAUAAGAUAUCACUUUUCCAACAAUGAACAGCAAAGGGUUGUAAGUUGCUCUUGAAGAACAGUUUCAAAUUAGUGUUCUGUUACAUUCAAUAAGUGCUGCAAUAUAUCUGCAUUAAGUACUGUACUUUCAAAAAUACAAAAUAAAUCUCAGACUAAAAUAAUAAAAAACUUUUUUAUAUUUUAGAUUUGAAAAUAAAUGUUGUGUAUAAAUGCCAUUCUUAUUUUAAUACCAGUAGGUGCAACCCUUUGAUGUUCUAUUUUAAAUCCUUAACACCCAAGACAUCAGUAAAAAGCCACAUACACUACUUAGUAAGAAAAAAAAGGCCAUGCCAACAAAUGAUGCACAAACCUGAGGUUGUCUUUCACAUUAUUCAAAGAAAAAACUAAAUGUAAGAUCAGCGUACAAAGAACUUGCUUGAUUUUGUAUGCCAAGAAAAAUUUAUCACAAAAUCUGUCAUAUAGUAUUCACUUGAUGAUCAGCAAUAGCCACAACUUCCUAACACAUGUACACCAUAAAAAAAAGAGGAAUAUGAAAAUUUUUUAAUCAAAUUGUAUUUUUCAUAGCUAACAAACCUGAUUUCUAACCAAGUGAUAUGAGAAAAAUAAUUAAUACUUCUACGAGGGCGUACCUGUGAAUCAUAAUUUAUUUCGUGUUCUCAAUGGAAGGAUCACUGGUUUGCAAUGCUUUAGAGACUUUGAAUAGAACUCAACAACAGUUUUCAUAUCCCAGCAUCAACACAGCUGUUGUUAACUGAAUAUUGCCUCAUUAUAUGAGACAGUCCUUUAAGUUUAAAUCUUAAGUGCAUCAAUUGCUGGUACUACAUAACAGUAUAAUGUAUAUAUAUAUACAACAAAUUUUAAUACACUGUGUAAACAAUGACUUAGUUUGAGAAUAUCAAUGUUAACAGGUAAAUAUACUAAAACAGAUCUCAAGAUUAAGAGCAGCUCUGGCACAAUACUCCAAUUAAUUUUUCCUGUAAGUAUGACAUAACUAGUAAUGUCCCUUAUGAUUAAUAAAAUCCAAUAUGACUAAAUCAUAACUAAUUGUGUGAACUUAUAUUACCAUCAGAUAACUCAUGCUCUACAUAAACCGGCUAUUAACACAACCUCACUUAAUUUUGUUUCUUUACUAUUACUUGAAAAUUCGUAUUUCAAGCUGGUCAGUUUCUACAAUUUAGGAAACUUGAACAAUUUCUUCUUCAUUUACAAAAAAAAAAAAAUCAACCUUCAUCUGCAGAAGAACUUAUGUGAUCUUAUUUAUUGUAAUUACUGAUUUAUUCUUCCUUUGUACUUGAGAAAAUCUAAAACAAAUUAAUAAAUUACACCAAACAUAAUAUUCAUGAUGUGUACAUUGCUGUGUUCUUUGUAAAGCUGACUUCACUGGCAGUUAAAAUGUGGGACAUUCUUAUGCAUGAUACCUUAAACCUUCAUACAUAUUCUCUUCAAUCAAGAGAAAAAAAACAUUCCAAAGUGUGAUGACACAAUCAUACAGGUUGUGAUGUCAGUCAGUUUAUUCCAGUGACUUUUAAAUAUAUAUAAAUAUCUCUUCUUUUUUUUUACAGAUACUCUGUUGUGAAUUGUAUAUGGUUUUACAUUAGAAAUUUUAUUUCCUUUAAUUUUGUAGGCAAACAAUAUAACAAGACACCUGUGCACAAAACCAGCUAGACAUACCCCAUCAAAACCUUGACAAGCAACAAAAUGCAUGUUGAUCAAAUCACCACUUGAUUACCAGAAUAUCUGUGCAGGAAAUAUAGAAAGUUAUAAAACUACUAAAAUAAUAAAGAGACCCAUCUAUCAUUUGAUGCCCUAA